AUGAGAUUGGUGCUAAUGAUAUUGCCAGAAAUCGAUCCUGUAUAUGACAGUGAUUCUUCAACUGAAAAUACAGUCAAUACUGUGGGUAAUAUACCGAUGGAAUGGUAUGAUGACUAUCCACAUAUUGGAUAUGAUAUCGAUGGCAAAAAAGUCAUGAAACCUGCUACGGGUGAUGAACUGGACAAAUUUUUGGAUAAUAUGGACGAUCCUGAUUCAUGGUUAUGUAUGGGAGCAUUUCCAGAUCCAAAUUAUGAUCCGUAUGAACCAACUGUUGAGUGGUUCACUAGCAAACCCGAAAUUAUGCCUCUCACCGCGACGCCUGAACCCAAACGACGUUUCAUACCUUCCAAAUGGGAAGCAAAGCGUAUAAUGAAAAUUGUACGUGCUAUUCGUCAAGGACAUAUUGUACCCGGUAAAACUCAGGCACCCAAACCUCGUUAUUAUAGUUUGUGGACAGAUAACGAUAAACCGCGUGAAGAGCACGUUAUGCAGAUACCUGCACUUAAAAUAAAGUUACCUGAACAUGAUGAGAGUUAUAGUCCUCCUGCGGAAUAUUUGCCGACAGACAAAGAAAGAGAUGAAUGGGAAAAGAUGGAUCCGGAUGAUAGAGAAAAGGAUUAUUUACCAAAAAAAUAUCCAUGCCUGAGAGCUGUGCCAGCAUAUGGACGUUUUAUUCAAGAGCGAUUUAAUAGGUGCCUCGACCUAUAUUUGGCUCCACGUAUACAAAGGAAUAAG